AUGACCAAUGAACAAUCAAUCUCAGUGUUGGAUGGUGGCUGUUGGACUCAAUUGACAACAUAUGCCAGAAGGAUAAGCUUCCAUCAAACAGCCCUUGGACAUGCCCCAGUGACCGUGUCUUCUUUGAUGCAUCUGUCAUCUGGGGCUUGGUUGGUCCCAGGCGGAUUUUCGGCCCUUAUGGCAACUACCCUGCUCUCAACUGGUUCUUCCUUGGUGGAAUAUUAG